AUGUUUAUUCAUUCAUGCAUUUCCUUCAUUUUCUUCUUUCUGGAUCGUGAGGAGCUGUCUCCAGCUGUCGUUGUGCAAGAGGCGGGUCACACCCUGAACGGGUCACGAGUCCACAGAAAACUGAAUUAACCAGAGGGGUUUCAGCUAACCUGCAUCAUUCCAGCCUUGAAUAAUGUUGGGGCCAACACACCAUAACUGGCCCCCUCACUUCUGACCCAACAUGGAGCUCAAGGUCUGGGUGGAUGGCGUCCAGAGGGUCGUGUGUGGGGUCACGGAGGCAACCACCUGCCAGGAAGUGGUGAUUGCUUUGGCGCAGGCCAUCGGUCGUACAGGGAGAUACACUCUGGUAGAGAAAUGGCGGGACACUGAGCGUCACCUGGCCCCACACGAGAGCCCCGUGGCUUCUCUGAACACCUGGGGUCAGUACGCCGGUGACGUCCAGCUGAUCCUUCACCGCACAGGCCCCUCGCUGACUGAACGCCCCCCCUCAGAGGGCCCCCCGCUCAGGGGUCCCGAACGUGGGCUCCAUCGUCAAAGUCUCCCUCCUCUCGCCAAGCURCGGCACCCAGUAGACGGCUCCCUGCACCGCCGCGAACCACGCCGCAAGUCGCUCACCUUCACCGGCGCACCCAGAGGCCUGCGGGACAUCCUGGGGGGAGGUCGGGCCUCGGAGGCGGAGUGCAAGCGAAAACUKCUCCUGGGAAAUGGUGGCGGUCACCACCACGCGGGGCCCACCAUCGGGACAGCCUCCCCGGGCCUGUGGGCCUGUCGCAUGGAGGAUCUGGUCAGACUGGUCAGCCUGCAGAGAGAGACUCUGAGCGUGCUGGAGAAAAAGCUGGAGGCCUACGAGGCGGAGCUCCAAGGGUGGUCUGAGGGGCGGGGGCUCCGAGGAAGUGGGUGCACUGCGGACCUGGGUGCGGGGUUGAUCGAGGAGAUCCUGAGGUUAGAAAAGCACCUGAGGAAGAAUGAGGUGGAAAUGGAGGAGGAGGAGUUUUGGGCCACUGAGCUYCAGAUUGAGCUGGAGAGUGAGAGACAGCUGGAGGAGAGGCUGCUGGAGCUCCAGGGACGUCUGCAGAGCUGCGAGCGCGACAUCGAAGAGAAGCUGGCAAUAGUGCAGGGAGUGGAAGCCGGUCUGCAGGAGGAGAAGCUGCAGAGAGAACGUCAGGAGAAUCAGUGGGUCAGCGAGGCCGAGGCUCGGGCUCAGCUCCUCAGGGUCAAAGCAGAGUUAAAAGCCCAGGAGAGGCAGGCGAUCCAGCUGGAGAGCAGCUGCAGGGCUGUGGACAGAUCGCUGGGACAGAGCAGUAAGAAACUGCAGGAUAUGCAGCAGGAUCUGGAGCAGCUAACCAAAGAGCUGAGGCAGGUUAACCUCCAACAGUUCAUCAAGCAGACCGGCACCAAGGUCACCGUGCUGCCAGCAGAACCCACCGAGGAGGACAGCACCACCAGCAGUCAUGAUGUGGUUCAGCUGACCGGCUCAUUGAAGCGUCCCAGGUCGUCCCAUCCCAUGUCCAGCCAUCUCCGCGUCCUCCACAGCCCCCUCAGCUCUGGCCUGAACCCAGAGGGGAUCUACGUUUGAGCCCCAGGACUGAUGUGUGAGUCGGCAUGUAAAGUGCAGGACGCCUCGACUAUGCAUUCUGUGUGAAGACGCCGUGAAGAAACAAUCUCUGAAAAGAACUAACUAAGCACUUGGUGGAAAAAAAAAUAGAGACAGCCUCAAAUUCUGAGGUUCACAGAACUCUCCUAAACACCCAGCUGUUGUGGACCGACUUCAUCAACACUUGAUGUAGUUUUACUUCAACACCUGCUGAAUGAUUUACAUUCUCCUCUCUUUAGCAUCUUGAUUAAAAACUUGCCUUUCAGACAGUAUUUUUAAGUAUCUUGGCAAAUGUUUCUGCAUUAUCUCUCCAGCAUUAAUGGAUGUUUUUUUAAUAGAAGUGAAGGAUCCACUUUGUGUCUGUAGUAGAACUGUGAACAAUCUUUUUUUUUCUGUGCUCUUGUUUGUCCAAACUAUGCACAAAAUGCUUCAUAUUUUUACGACUGACGAAUGUUUCAGUCCUGUAUUUACCAAAACAAUUGCUUACUGUAAAUGUUUAACACUUUUUAGCUUUAUGUAGGGAGUUUAUUUUAUUACAAAGAAGGGUGCGUAGACAGUUAAAAAUGCAGUCACUCAUUCCUGCAGUAAACGCUGCAAAUUAAAACAGUGUUAAUGUCGUCUGAAAGCUAAAGGUAGUUUGUUCAAUGAGCUACAAAGUCUGUUUUUUUCUGAAUGUAUCGUGCUUGUUUCUCCUAAUGAUGGCGUGGCCAAAGAUUUGCAGGUCUUGAUGCAUGAUCAUGUCAGCCGUAUGAGAAUGUGCAGAGUCGUUCCCCCCCACCCCCGGUUUGUUCAAUCAGUCAGAUGAGCUACAAAUGAUGGCAUGUCAAAUGGAUAGUUACAGCUACAGCGUGGCUCACUGAUGUAAAUGUGUGUCAGCAUGCAUUCGCACUUAGAAAGGUUUGCCUCACCUCUUAUACUGUAGAUAACCAGGUGUGUGUGUUCUGUGUGUGCGUGCGUGCGUGCGUGCGUGCGUGCGUGCGUGCGUGUGUGUGUGUGUGUGUGUGUCUGUCUGUGUGUGUGUCAGAAUAGCCAAGUUCUAAAGCCUCCUUUUUUAGGUUGUAGUUCAGCUGCUAAACACAUCAAAGUGCCUUAUUUUCAUUCCACAAAUGGUGCGUUCAAAUACUGUACAGUUAAAAAAUAUUAGUAAAAACUUGACAGAAUAAUAAUCUUGAUCGAUAACGUCAGCAUGACACGAAGAAACAAUUUUUUUCUGUCAGAUGUUUUGUAGAAAUGUCGAAGGAGAAACUUUUACUGCUCUGAACUUUGCCACUGUCUUGUUACUAUAAAACCUACAGACUAUGAAAUGUACUAAAACUGAAGUCGAUUUGUUUGUUUCUUGUCCUGCAUCACGUGUGUACUGUAAUCUGGAUCAGAACUGUCACGUAGUUGUGGUCACUGUUUACAUCCUCAUUUCUUCUAGAAAAUUCUUAAGAUGUCAACUUUAAAUAACCUGAUUUUAUAAAUAUAUAUAUAUUCUAUUUUUUUCUUGCCUUAAUCAACUGCAAGUUGUUGACUUGUGUGUUUGUGUGAGUGUGUGGCUGUAACAGGCUGCUGUUGUGACGUGGAUUGCAUGGUUCAAUAAACCAUCUGAUAAAA